UAUCUUCGUUAGAUAAAACUAACCGAUUUAUUGAGGAAAGUAAAACUUAUUGAAUGCGGUGGCUUUCAACUGUGGCGUCGUUAUCUUCAAUAUUUUCGCCUAUGUUACCGAUAAUAUGAGAAGCUUCCUCGAAGUUCAGAUAACGUGAAUUUGAAGUCACGGGUUCGAACCUUCUAGUUCAUCCCCCAAUAUAUAUACAUACAUUUGUGAAGGGCUAUUUGUUAAAAUCCUUGUUUCAAUUCGUUCUGUUUUGGUUCUACGAUUUUCCACGAGCUUGCUACGAUUUUGUAGUUGCUUAUUGUUUGGUCCGAUUUUCAAUUUUCCAAUGGCAACGACUGGAUCUUAUUAUUAUGGUGGGCAACAGGGUUCUGGGAAUUCCAGUUGGAAUUCCAGUGCGAUGAAGAAUCUGAAGAAGAUAAGCCCUGUUGUGCAGAACCACCUCAAGAGGGUUUAUUUGUCUUUGUCCUGCGCUCUCGCUUCUUUGGCGGUGGGGGUUUACCUGCACCUUCUCUGGAACAUUGGCGGUAUUCUCACAGCAGUUGGAACCAUUGGCGCUAUUGUUUGGCUGUUAUCUGUGCCUCCCACUCCCUAUAAUGAGGGGAAGAGGGUGAAGCUGUUAAUGGCGGCCGCAGCACUUAAAGGUGCCACUCUUGGCCCACUCGUUGAUGUUGUUAUUGAGAUCGAUCCCAGUAUUUUGGUGAGUGCUUUUGUUGGAACAGCACUUGCAUUUGCAUGCUUCUCUGCUUCAGCAAUUCUGGCUCGAAGACGAGAGUUCUUGUUUCUGGGAGGAAUACUUGGUUCUAGUGUCAGCAUCCUUUUGUGGCUGCAACUUGCAUCUGGUCUAUUUGGUGGAUCUAUGGCAGUUCAUACAUUUGAGAUUUAUUUUGGGCUGUUAGUUUUCCUUGGGUAUAUCAUAUUUGACACACAGAUGAUCAUUGAGAGAGCAGACCUUGGUGACCAUGAUUAUGUCAAGCACUCAUUGGAUCUCUUCACAGAUUUCGUUGCUGUGUUUGUUCGUCUGCUGGUAAUAUUGACAAAGAACGCGGAAAGCAGAUCUGAGAAGGAGAAGAGGAAGAGGAGGGCUUGAAUCUGUAACGCGGAAAGCAGAUCUGAGAAGGAGAAGAGGAAGAGGAGGGCUUGAAUCUGUGUUAAAUGAAGAUUGUUAAUGGAUAUUUUGCUUAAAGUAUUUCCCGGAACAUUCACAUGUGGACUGUAGUUUUCGUUUGGUUAGUUUGGAAUUGUAUAAAAUGAGGAUUACUGUAUUUGCUUAGAAUGAUAUUCUGAAAUGUAAAUAUUUCUGCAUGCUAUAGCAAAACUAAUCCGACUGUUUGUUAUCUCUUAAUAACAAAGUAACAUUUUCAAAUUUGGGUUA